AUGAACAGCUUUGGUUUGGUUUCCCUUGCAUUGGUUUUUCUGGGACUCCAGAACAAUGUCAACGUUAAUGCAAUGGUUAUCAAAAUAGGUGACGAACCUGUGAUCAACAGUAGAGAUAAUCAGUUUAAUGAAAGACCGACCGAUUAUGAGUUUGAUAAAAUAGAUAGAGAUUUGAUGAUCUUCUCCUUUAUUUUCAUGGUUGUCAUCUACAUUUGUCUAUCGCUUAUAUUCAUUGCCAUUAGAUUCGUUAUAACUCGAAUAGUCACCAGACAUGCACGUAUAUCUUUGUUAGCUGAUGAUUUGGAGAAUAACAGACGUCCAAGUCACCGUCGCAGAAAUACAGAGGAAAUGUUGAGCAGGUGGCCUAACAUUUUGGAUGAUGAAUCUGAAAUCGGUCCAAGGUUGUCAAAAUUAUCACCAGAAGAACAAUUUUAUUAUAAACAAGGUGAAGAAUACAUAAAGCAAAAUCCACCGUUAAUCAUCCCACAUAGUGGUUCAAACAGUAAUGAUAUAGUAGAUCCGAUAAUUAACGAUGAAACUUUACAAUUCAUCGAGGAAGAAGGUGCUCAUGCUUGGGAAUUCCAACCUGAUCCAAACCUUCCAAAUGAUGCUAUUAUUGUUGAUAAUAAGACAGAAUUAACCUUCUUGAAUUAUGACUUCGAUGUUUCGGUGUCUACAAAUUUACCAAUACCACGCAUUAAUAGAGUUUACUAUUGUGAAUUUAAGAUAUACGAAAUUAAUAAUGAUACAAGUAGUAGCUCAAAUUCUUUAAAUGAUGAUGAGGUAAUAUCUUUUGGUUUAUCAACUUCACCAUACCCAUACUUUAGAUUACCAGGAAGACACCAUCAUUCCAUUGCAUACGAUUCCACUGGCGGAAGAAGAUUUAACGAUUCUUUUGAACUGGAGCCUGAGUUAGCUUCUCUAUUUCCUCGUUGUGAAAGGGGUGAUGUCAUAGGUAUUGGAUAUAGAUCAAACAGUGGUACUGUAUUCUUUACUCGUAAUGGUAAAAAGUUAAAUGAAAAGUCAGUUGGUGGUCAUAUUAGAGGCUGGAAAUUUAAAUAUUUAUAUCCAAUAGUUGGUGCAAAUGUACCUUGUAAAAUUCACGUUAAUUUUGGUACAUAUGGGUUUGUUUUUAUUGAAGCUAACGUAAAGAAAUGGGGAUAUUCUAAACCAAAUGGUCUAAAAUUACCGCCACCAUCUUAUGAAGAAUACGGUCACGAUACUUUACUUGAAAGUGGAGGAGAAGAUGAAGGUUCUGAUUUAGACAGCUUAUCUUCUCUUACCGACAACUUAUUAACGAACUCUACUGGUGAUUUAUUACCUCCGCCUCCUGGUUUUGAGUAUAGUACAUCGCCAAAUGCAUAUUCCACUAAUGAAGAAAUUACAUUACACACUUAUCCAGUCGAACCCCCAAGCUAUUCAGAUGGUGAAGUUGAUGGAUCAACGAAUCCAAGAGUUGAAACAUUCAACGAAGAAAGAACUUAUAGCGAUACAACUGCAUUAUUGCAUGACGAUACUAACGAAGACAAUUAUGAAUCUGAAAUUGAUGAUGAAAGAGAAUACGAUGAAAUGGAUGAAAUAGAUGAAAUGGAUAAUACACGAGAAAAUACAUUCAACAACCAAUUUAUAGAUUAG